AUGGACAACUCGUCUCUGCCUAUCUCGACAGGGAUGGCGAGCGAAAAAGUCAUUCGUGUUGCCUCUAUCGUCACUGCCUUGGUUAUUGUGGUUGGUAACAUGUUGACCAUUCUCACAUUCUUCUGCAACAGCCACCUCCGCAAGCGCAGUUUCUAUCUCGUCAUCAACCUGGCCGUGGCCGACUUCCUUAUUGGAAUUAUUCCCGCUACAAUCUUUGCCUGUAUAACAUUUAAUGAUGGUGAGACGAAUAAAGGCAUUUACUUGGUCCACAUCAGCAGCGAUAUUCUACUUGGACUAGCAUCUAUGACAACUCUAGCUCUAAUAGCAAUAGAGCGUAUGUGGGCUACCGUGUGGCCUCUGCGCCAUUUAAACUCGAGUUGUCGAGUAUAUGUCGGCGCAAUCUGUGCUUCUUGGCUGGUUCCUACAUUACUGACAGGACUUAGCAUUUCCGCCAAAUUCAACUGGAGCAAAAUUCCGGUCAUAUGGAGAAAAAUAGCAAUGCAUCAACCUAUCGCCGUAAUUGUAAUUCUGCUAAUGGGAACAGCAGCGGCCUACACCAUCACUUUUGUGAGUUUCAAACGACACACAAUCCAGAUGGAGCAGGCAGGAAGCUGUAGUCGUGUAUCCAGACGAAAAAUGCAGGAACAGCGUCUUGCUCUGACCAUGUGCAUGGUCACCGGGGCCUCCAUUCUUACAUGGUUGCCAUUCGUUAUAAUGAACUACCUCUAUAUUACCAUAAAUCCAUCUUUCUUCUUGGCAUCAAAGAUUCUCCAGUACACCAACUCUGCCAUAAACCCAGUCUUUUAUGCAGUAAAGAUGCCUGGGUUCAGAAAGUCGUUGAUAAAGACAGUGUGCUUCCAUCAUUAUUGUCGAAAACAAAAACUUGUAAUUCCAAUGAAAACUAGGCAUAACAUUCAACAGCAUUAAAAGUUUCGAGACCAUUGACCAAUGACCUAGUAAAACACUUUUAACCGAAAGGAGUCUGCCCUGAGCCCUGAAGAAAUCUUAUUAAAGACGAAAAUUUGGCAGAGUUGAAUACCAGUUUUAAGUGUAUUGUAUUUAUUCUUCUGGUUUACGAAUACGACUAUUUGGGCCUUUUGUAUUGAUUCGAUCUGAAAGUAAUUAACCGAAAAAUGAUCUAGAAUAACUUCAAUGCAUUCGGAUGAGAUUUAAAUAAAAACAUAAUAAAUACUUUAAACGAAGAAAUAAAAUUCCAUCAAUAACA